AGAGAAAGCUGUUCUGACCUCAAGCCCAGUUGAGGUGUUAGUUAUUGGCCACAGUUUUGUCAAAAGACUUGAGGCGUAUGUUUACGAUCACCCAUGGGAAUGGGACCCUCCUGGGUGUAACAUGACUUAUGUAUCAGAGAGCGGGGGAUCAAUAGGAAGCAUAACAGAAAAAGCUAAAGACAUUCAGCAUGAACGAUUUCACAUAGCUUACAUACAAUGUGGCGGAAAUGAGGUUGUCGCCCAAACUGAACCUGAGAAUGCAACCCUCAAUGAAAUCACACAGAAUGUGACCAAUCAAAUGAUGGCACUUGCUGAUGAAGUACUUUGUAAACUUGUAUAUAUCGGCAAAAUUCCACAAAGAUGGUUAACUCCAAAGAAUUUUAAGCGACAAUUUGUGAAAACAAAAGAUCAUGCUGGGAGAUGUAACCAAGUUAUCACUCAAAUAAAUGAAAAACUCAACGAUCAAAAGUCUACAGUAAUUCUGUUUUCAAACACCGACGGAAUUGAAGAUGAUUUCCAAGAUGUUUUAUCUGAUGGGACACAUUUCAACAAAAAAGGCCAUGAACUUUGGCAAGCUAGUAUGCAGACUGAACUAAACCAGGCGAUUAAGAAAUAUUUUAAGAUGACAUGUGAGUGAUAUUCAAAGUUAAGAUAGAUAGCAUGACAAAUUAUGAUGUCAUAUUUACUAACAUAUCCAAUAAUGACAUCCUAUAAUAGAUAUGAUUAACAUCGUCAAUUGAUUACAUCAGAUAUAUAAAAGAUAAUACUAACAUGACCAAAAGUGACAUCAUAUACUGUACUAGAUAAUACUGACCAGGGCACGCCUUAAGCGUCGGACAGCUGGUCAUUAUCUGGUUACUUUUGAUACUGACCAGUUGAUUUUUUCACUAGGUAUAGGAAAAUAACAUUGCAACUGGUCAGUAAUGCCUUUUUGACCAGCAGCUCUGGAAUCCUUAGGGCAUACACUGAUACUGACAUGACCAAAAGUGACAUCAUAUAAUAGAUAAGACUAACAUGGCCAAUAGUGACAUCUUAUAAAAGAUAAGACUAACAUGGCCAAUAGUGAUGUCAUA